AUGACCUCCUCCGAACCCAUCACCCUCACCUACCUAACCGUCGACGUCUUCACCUCCACGCGCUACCUCGGCAACCCCCUCGCGGUCGUCCUCAUCCCCGCCUCCCUCCGCCCCCAUCUCACACAAGACGUCAAGCAGCGCAUCGCCCGCGAAUUCAACUUCUCCGAGACCGUCUUCCUGCACACGCUGGACGACGAAGCGCGUGAUGGUUUGUCUGUUACAAGCCGGGAGAUCGACAUCUUCACCAUCGAGGAGGAACUCCCCUUUGCCGGCCACCCUACGGUGGGAACAGCGUACUUAGUGCUGAACCAUUUGGGCUGGAAGCACGUCGAUACGCUUGUUACCAAGGCGGGGCCGAUUGCUAUUAGACCGCUGGAGGGAGAGGGGGAGAGGGUCAAGGCUACUAUUCCGCAUGCUGUGCAUGUUCAUUCGCAGACGCUUGGCGGGAUCUUGGGGAGCGGGGAGGUGAAGCCGGAGACGGAGACCAUGAUCAAAGCUUCGCUGUCCGAUGACCCCUAUGCUAUCUACCCGCCAACACAUUACGGCCCUUCCGGGCCUUAUCCUUUCCUCCUCUUCGGCUCACUGAAUGAGGCAGAGAAGCGCUGCAUCAAGUUCCCCAAAUCCUGGGAAAGCCCGGUCGCCUCGGAAAGCGGUGGGACAUCAAAGUUCAAGCGCUGCGAAGAACAAGUACCUUGA